ACAAACGUUUAAGUGUUCCGGCUGAACUGUGGUCUACUGUGUUUACAGGGUAUUGACUCAAUAAAACACUAACCUACAAUCAGAUUUAUGCCUCGGUUGUUGUAGUCUAGUUAAGUUAAAACACGUUCAUUCGAACCAACCUUCUCUGUUGUCCUUAGCGGUAUCGUUGGUAACAUCGCGGAUGUUUACAGCAGUGUCACUCGUCCUCGGGAUAAAUGGCGUCCUGUGUAACAGAGCUGAUGACGUCCUGUUCCAACAUCAUGUUGUCUGUGACAGCACUGCGCUGUUCCUACAGGCUUUUUAAGGAUCACAGGGCUCCUUCAGUCGGCCUCUUCCUGCUCGGACUCUCUGCAGCACUUUGCAUCUUCCCCUCCUCCAGCUCCUACUUCGCCUCUAUCCAGAGAGAAGCAGAGUGGGCUGGCGAGGUUCUGGCCCCAGCGCUGGUCUCCUUCGACUUCCUGUGGCUCAGCGAGGACCGACACACUGCACAUAUCCUCCUGUGUGGCUCCUGUCUGCUGCUUGGACUGUGUGACUGGAUCUCAGCAGAUGCUCUCACACUGAUGACACGCUGCCUCGGCCUGUCUUCGCUGUCCUGCUGCCUGACCGUGUGUCUGUUUGCCAGUAAUGCUUUAGGGGCCGUUGGCGGCGUGGCCCUCAGCCUCCCGUUGCUUCUGGCUCCGAGCAUCGAGACAGACACUUUUGCGACACACAUUUCUACGGCUGUAACUGACUGUCCCACCAAGUGGCUUUUAAAAGGAUCCAUGUCUCUCGGCUGUUGGGCCUCCACGCAGGCCCUCGGCAAGUUUCUUUUGGAUGUGACUGAUCAAGGUCCUAUAGGCAUUUAGUACAAGAGCAACAUUGGACCUAUCCGAAAAUAAAUGUGCCUUACAUUUCAGGACAUUUUAAAGGAAUAUUUGACUUAACUUUCUUGCCUUUAUAACAAAUUUUGUGGGAAAUUUGCCUUGCUGAGGCAACACCCAUAGUGCAUUAGAACAUACAGGACAAGCUUUGACACAGGAAACUCAUAAUGAAAUCAUUAAGAACAUGCAAGAUAAAUACAAACAUGCAAAGUACCAUCUAAAGGUACAAUAUGUAAGAAUUGGCCACCUGUUGAAUUCACAUUCCACACAAAAAGGGGGCAAUAUAUCACCAGCUUGUAACUGCUAACUAUAUUCUUUGUGUGUAAUCACAGUACAGUUAUGACUGUACCUGCCUUAGCUCAGUUAGCUGUGCAGCUAGUCAGAGUACAGGAGGUUUGGACCGCCAGCAGGCUCAGAGCUUGCUAGUAAUAAGUAAUACUUAUUAAUUGUUAAUUACAUGUUAUAAACUAAGAUUCUUACAUAUUGUACCUUUAACUCGUAUAUUAAUCUAAGUUUCCAGUAGUUCUGAAGUGAUGAGUUGAUUCAUCAUUUUAGUUUAUCAACAGAAGUAAAAAGGCAUCAAUUCUGAUAAUGGAUCAGUUGGGCAGUUAUUGUGCAAAGAUGCCUGGUAGCUGGUUUCAGCUUCUCAGACCUUUGCAUUGCUUUUCAUCUUUUUAUGUCAUGAAUACAAAACGAGCAGUUUAAAGACAGCACCUUGGGCUCUGGGUAAACAUGAGCAGUCUGAACUGUUUACUCAACUCUUAGAGAUGUAAUAAAUCAUUGAUUCAUCUAAAAAGUAACUGAAGGAUUAAUGAGAAAUAAAAAUGUGUUGGGGGCUAUAUGCACUUGAAUAGAACGUGUUUAUAUACAUACGGAUGUUCAAGGGCAGAAUACAAGAGAUGACUGUCUGAAAACAUUCAGGAUUAUGUGAAAACAAUGAAAUUGCAAUAACUUUGUUUUAAAAGUGAAAGACCAAUUUAAUUAAUCUGCACUGUGAUAGAAAACUGAACCGGAGGUGGAGUUUCCAAGUAUUUCAGAAAUAAUUCUGAACUCUGAUACAGAAAUGUCUUUGUAUUACCACUUCCUGUCCUGCAUCGGCUGUUUUACUCGAAUUUGCUGUAGCUGCUGAACCAAGAACGCGGCUGAACUUCAUAUGAACUUAAUUUAAAUAAGAGCACUUGAUUAAACAAAACACAGACACCAUUGAGGAAACUCAUUUGCAUAAUUUACAACUGAUGGCUCCUGGUUGACAUUUACUAAGCAGUUCAAUUUGCCUGUGGUGUAGCCACCAUGUGUGCAUUUGACUUUACUCUGUGAUCAUCUCCCAGGCCGUUGACAUCCUCCUCACAUCUCUCUGCUUAGAGUUUUAGUGUUGUAUAUUCCAAAAACAGCCGGCUGCCUCAGAGUCUGGGUCCUGUUUGUUCUGCAGCCUCAGCAGUAUCACUGUUUAGAUAUCUGCAGUGGUCUUAGCUCUUGGCCCUGCCCUUACCUCAUCUUGCCCAUUUGAUACUUAUCGUUACACUUUUUUUUUUAUUACUUCCUUGAUUUUUAGCAGCUCUAAUGGUUACAUCAAAUGACCUCAUCUGUUUAACUCACUGUUGCUUGCUGGAGGUUAAUCCACGGUGGUGUCCUUGUGAGAUAUUGAUAUUCUUUAAAGAGAUUUGUGGUGGACACUGCAGAUUCUCUCUCAGGAGUUUGUGAGCAGCUGCCUCAGCAGUUUUGCUGCAGUGUACUUGCAAGCAUAUGUCAGGCAAUGCCUUUGUCAGGCACAGGUGACCAGGAUUUAUUUCAAGGUAUUUAAUAGUUCUGUGCACAUUUGUGAGUUUGCGGUGCCACAAGGUCUAAUGAAAACUGUGUGUCAUGUCUUUCUCUGACUUUGUGGAAACCUUUUUAGAAAUGCAGUAUUUUUCCUUUUUGUUCGUUAUUAUAUUCAGUUGCUUUUUGCUAACAGAAGGUGUUAAUAUUCACUAAAGGAAGUCAACAUUACUUAAAUAAAUGAUGUAAUGUUACAUUUCGAAGAUUUCUUUGUCCAUGGUCGCCUGUCUAGCAGCUGUACCACUUAUUACUGUUGUGUUACAAACGCCUCAGUAUUUGCGAGUGCACCCGGAACCUGGUACGUCUCACCCCCCUCUGCCUCUGGCCACUCUUAUCAGCACCUUUCUUUCCCCCCUCAACUCAGUCCCCAUCCUGUGUCUGCCGCUCCACCACUGCAGCGGCUCAGCAAGCCGCACUGAGCAUGCUCGCCGCAGCUGCAGCCUGUGGAUGGAGCAAAGUGGCGAGGAGGAGGAGGAGGAGGAGGAGAAGGAGAAAGGGGGUGGAGAGUGGACAGCGGAGAGGGAGUCACACAGGAGCCGCACACAGCACGGAGAGGCUGUUGCAGCUCGCAGAACAGGGGCUGCAUGAGAAGGUUUGUCAUUGACAGCACAGAUGGAGUGUGAAGGGGGGAUACUGAGGGCUGGAAGGUUGGAUUUUGAUCACCAAAGAGGAGAAGAUAUGAGAUAAGGGACUGCGACGGUGUGGAGAUGUACGCCUUCUACUCCCUUUUAGUCUACAUCUUCUACACUGUCUUCAAGAAGGAGGAGGAGGAGGAUGCCUUGGAGGGGGCGUGUGGAGCUUCCUCAGCGGAGCCAGGACCUGUUUCCAUGGAAACAGGGAGCAGGAGGAGAGAUGGCCACACCUCCAAAAUGGGGAAAAAAGCUUGUGCUCGGCUUAGUGAGUCAAGCAGCAGCAGUGACAGUGAUGAAACGCCUCUGAGUGAUGAGGAUGAGAGGGAUAGCCCCGACAUCCCAGCAUGCACUCCUCUGGCUGCGUUUUUGUCCUUCAAGCAGGAGUCUGAAAAGAGGAGGGCCUCACAAGUUCAGCUGGAAACGACAGGAAAGUUGUCAGAGUCUCCCCUGGUGGCGGUGAUGUCCCACUUGCUGACUUUUCUGGAGCAGUACUCCCACUUCCAGCAGCUGCAGCAGCAGGCCGACCAGUACCGGGUCCAGCUGAAGAGGCACCGCGUCCAGCAUCGCCGCCAGAUGAAGGCUCUGCGGGCCUCCUAUCGUCAGCGUCUCAGGGACAAGAACAGCAUCAUCAGCAGCCUGGAGGAGGCCAUCAGCCAGCAGCAGACGCCCAGUCCACUGAGCGAGGGUGAGUCCAGCAGUGACGCAGGGACACAAGCUGGGGUCCACAUGCUGGUGGAGUCUCUGUACGGCCUGCAGGGGGAGAGGAGUAAACUGAGAGGAGAGCUCCGUCUGCUGCACUCACAGCUGGAGCAGAAGGAAAAAGACAGACACUCUCGCAUACAGGCCUUUCAACAGCAGAUUGAUGAGCUCAAGAGCGGCAUAGAGGAGCGUGAGGAGGAGCUGUCGAGACUGAGAACAGCCACCGGGGCCACGGACUCGGAGAAGCGCGUUCUGUGUCUGUCGGCAGAGAACGAGAGUCUGAAACAGAACCUGAGCCUCACCCAAGGCCUCCUGCAGCAGCUGACAACCAUCCCCUCCCAGUCCAGCACCAUGCUGAUCAAGGAGAAUGAGAACCUCCGCAGCAGAGUGCAGCAGCUGGAGAUGUCUCUGCAGCAGCGGGCUGAGCAGCUGUCACACCUGGAGCGACGGAGCGAACAGAGCGAGUGGAGGAGAGGCGAGGAGCUGAGGAAACGAGAGGAGCGAGUGAGGGAGCUGCAGCUGGAGCUGGACAGAGAGAGAGGCAAGGAGCCAGUGGUGAAGUAUGUCACCCAGACUGUGGAGGUGGAAUCACCUGCCACACUAAAGCACCUGACUAAGGCCAGGCAGAGGAAUGAGCUGCUGUCUGAAAAGCUGGCCAGUCAGAACGAGCGGUGCAAACAGCUGGAGGAGCAAAUCAGGAAGUCCGAUGAAUACAGCUGUAACCUGCAGCACAAGAUUGCAGCAUAUGAGAGAGAAAUCAGUAAACUGAGAGAGGAGCUGCUGAGGGAGAUUGGCCACUUGGAGGAGAGGAAGGAGGAAGCUGUGAAGGCUGCCGCCAACUGCUCCGCCGAGCACUUUCAGAGCCUGCAGGACCAAUUCUUCGGCUUGCAGAAGCGUCUGACAGCACUCCCUCCAACUCUACGCUCCAUGAAGACCGACUACACCAGUCUGAGGAGCCAGGUCCGAAACUUCUCCGACUUUUACGGGGCAGCUAUCAAUGAUGCAAAAAAACAGAUUUCAGCAGCCAUCAGUGAGAUGUCUGAAGCCAACAAGGACCUCAUGGAGAAAUACCGAAAGGAGGUCGCACUGCGCCGGAAGUACCACGAGCAGCUGGUGGAGCUUAAAGGCAACAUCCGCGUGCUGUGCCGCGUGAAGCCCGUGCUGAAGGAGGACCAGCACGAGGAAGGCCAGUCUGUGGUGGUGACGACCGACUCCAACAACGAGUCCUCGCUCAGUGUGCUGAACAAAGGAAAGGGUCGCAUCUUUGAACUGGACAAGGUCUUCCACCCUCAGGCCUCACAGGAGGAGGUCUUUCAGGAGAUUGAGCCUCUGGUGACGUCGUGCAUCGACGGCUACCACGUCUGCAUAUUUGCGUACGGACAGACCGGCUCUGGAAAAACGUACACCAUGGAGGGUAGUGUGGAGAACCCAGGCAUCAACCAGCGAGCCCUGAAACAACUCUUCAGUGUGAUCGAGGAGAGGAAGGACAUGUGGUCGUACACCGUCACCGUCAGCUCUGUGGAGAUCUACAACGAGGUGCUAAGAGACCUGCUGAGUAAGGACGGAGAGAAACUGGACAUAAAGAUCAACCCAGACGGAACAGGACAGCUGCACGUCCCCGGCCUCAGGGUCAUCGAAGUGAGGAAUUUUCAGCACAUCAAGAAGAUUUUAGCCACAGCCCGAAGGAACAGGAUCACCUUCGGCACUCAGAUGAACCAGCACAGCUCCCGCUCCCAUGCUCUGCUUUGCAUCACUGUUCAGGGCACUGACCUCGCCACCGGGAACAAAACCACCGGCAAGUUGAACCUGGUCGACCUGGCUGGCUCAGAGAGGGUAUGGAAGUCUGGCGCGGAGGGAGAGAGGCUGAAAGAGGCCCAGAAUAUCAACCGCUCCCUGCUGGCACUGGGGGACGUGAUUCAGGCACUGAGAGCUCGGCAGACUCACAUCCCUUUCAGGAACUCGCGCCUUACGUACUUAUUACAAGACUCCCUGGGAAAAGGCAGCAAGACUGUCAUGGUGGUGCAGGUGUCCGCCCUGGAGAGUAACGUGGGAGAGACACUGUGCUCGCUGAAGUUUGCCCAGAGGGUGUGCAAGGUGGAACUCGGCCCUGCAGCCAGGAAGAUCGAGGCUGGUGGUGGGCAGUGCGACUGACAGCCUCGACCCAGCCACCUCCUGUUCCCAGUGAUCACCAGGAAGCCAUGAAUGCACCAGUCAAGAUUAUCACCCGCCCUGCCAACCAGUCAUACAGUUAUCAACGAGAUCAACAGCAAUCCUGCUCAAGGGCUAAAAUCUGCGGAGGCACCCGAACGCCGACUUUUGAUCGAGGUUAGGUGUCAAGGAUAUUUCGGCCUCCUCCGUGCCAUUUUCUGCUUCUGACAUGAGAUAACCAUUUAUCAUUAGAUAAUCUGCAUGCAGGAGUAUUUAUUCUUCCACUCUUGAGUGCCAAAACAAUCCCCUGACUCAGUCUAAGAUUGAUGCUACAAUAUCUCAGUUUCCCUUUGAAUAAAUACCAAAAUCCAGGAUUUAUCUUAUCAGCCUCUUGAGGCAUUUUUUUUUUGCAGUAUCUUGUUCAGACAGGUUUAAUAAGCUUCCAGAACCACAGAAUCAACACUUCAUCUCGCUAUAAAUGUAGUUUGUGAGCUUCAUCUCCAAUGUCGUAUAUUUUUGAAGGCUGUAGUGUGUAGGAGAGUCUGUUUUGUAGCUUAAGAAUGGGCUGUAAGCAUUUCAAUGACACUUAGGUCACGUUAGUGUAGUUUUUCGUGAACUUCAGAAGAGCACUUUCCGUUUCUCUUUAGAGCCUUGAUCAUUUGCCUUUGAGGGGAAGAAGAAAGCUGUUGAAGGGAGCAGGCGGCCUUGUAUUAAGAGUAGUAACUGUGCAAUAUCCUCUUUAUCGAGGAGACAGUUCGGGCCUACGUGGGCAGAAGAUGCACUUUAUUGUGAAAGGAGUGUUUCAGAUCGGAACAGGUAUUUAGGUGCUUGCAAUAGAUAUCACUUGUGAAUGUCAUACCAAAAGCAGUGUAUUGUUAUCCGUCCAUCAUUGUUCCUCUAUUAAUCACCCGUUGAAUCAACACUAACUUUUGAUUCAAGUGUAGCAAAGAUGUUCAUGUUGCAGUAACUACAGUAGAGGUCACUUCAUGACGAUUUGAGUGAAUUUUCAGAUGAUUUUCUGAAUAAAUAUGAUGUAUU